GACAUGGCUUCCCAGGUUGGAGGCUCUUUCCCCUGAGGAGUCAUCAUAGCCUGAGAGCCUGCUCCAUUAGCCUAGGGUAUUCCCACAGAUUGACAGGCAUUUCCUUCUUCCUCUGCAGAAGGAUAUGGCUCUGAAGCCACAUGAACGGAAGGAGAAAUGGGAUCAACGCCUCAUCAAGAAGCCCCGAGAGUCAGAAAACUGCCCAUCUGCUGAGCUGAGUGAGAACAGGCAGCCCCUGGAGGCGGGCAGUCCAGGGCAGGAUGCAGAGCUCACUUGUGAUGAAGGGACUAGGAAGGUCCCAUUGCAGCCCUCCAAACAGAUGAAGGUCACCAUGGCCAGAGGGGGUGACCGGAACAGUGAUGACGACAGCGUCCUUGAAGCUUCCAGCUCUCAGCAUAGCAGCUCCCGGGACCAGCUGAGCGACAGCUCUGCACAGGCGGUUUCCGGGAGAGGCUACUCAUGCGACAGUGAAAGUGGCGUGGAUGACAAGGCAUCUGUAGGCUCUGAGAAGCUCUUUGCCCCGGCACCCGACAAAGGCUCUGGAAGAGGUGAGAAGUCAGAGGCCAAGGCGGGGGCAGUGCCCAAGGUGUCAGGCCUGGAGCGCAGCCGUGAGCUCAGCACCGAGUCUUUCCUGCCUGCCACAGCACCGGCGCCCUCAGGACCUCCGCCAGGAGCUCGGGCCAGCCCCCUGGUGAAGAGGGAAGCCCCCAUAGUACCUCACCACGUCCCGCAGCCACCGCUCACCCCGCAGCAUCGCGGCUCACUCCCAACACACGUGCCUCUGUCCUUGGGCGCCUUUGUGGGCCCUGGCUCUGGCCAGGUGGCACCCAAUAGCCUGCACCUGCACAGCCUCAGCAGGAGCAGCAGCACGGUCAGCGGCACCCCUCUGGGCCUGGCGAAGCACGUGACACUGUCGCCACACGGCCCCGGCCCCCACCUGUCUACCUCACACCUGGCGCUCAGGUCCCAGGCGCAGCACCAGCACCACGCCGCGGCAAUGUUCGCUGCCCCCGCAACACUGCCCCCGCCCCCGGCAUUGCCUGCCAGCAGCCUGGUCAUCCCAGGACACCCCGCCGAUGCCAGCCUGUUGAUCUCAUUCAACCAGCCAAUCAUGUAUUGCCAGCCUCAUUCGGGGAUUCUGAUUGAUCACGAACUGCUCAGGCAAGAGCUGAACACGCGGUUUCUGGUGCAGAACGCCGAGCGGCCUAGCGCCUCCCUGGGCCCGGGGGCUCUGCUGCGGGCCGAGUUCCACCAGCACACACACCAGCACACGCACCAGCACACACACCAGCACACACACCAGCACCAACACACAUUUGCUCCCUUCGCGGGGCUGCCCCCGACGCCGCUCAUGCCGCCCACCGCACCCUUGCCGUUUGACAAGUUCUCACCCAAGCUGGAUAGCCCCUACUUCCGACAUUCCAACCUCUUCCCGCCCUUCCCUCCCACAGGCCCUGGGCUGCCCACCCUGCUUGCACACCCUGGCCCCUUUGGGUCCCUGCAGGGCGCUUUUCAGCCCAAGACUUCAAACUCAAUCGAGAUAACGGGCCGGGCCAGUGCGGUUCACACUUUCCUGCAGAAAGCCCCUGGGGUGUCUGAUCCAUACCGGACAGCAGUCAGGAAACCAGGGAAGUGGUGUGCGGUACACGUGCAGAUCGCCUGGCAGAUCUACCACCAGCAGCAGAAGAUGAAGAUGCAGCUGGACCCCCACAAGCUGGAGGUUGGCACAAAGCUGGACCUGUUCAGCCGGCCUCCUGCCCCAGGCAUGUUCUCUGGGUUCCACUACCCACAGGACCUGGCCCGGCCCCUCUUCUCCAGCACAGGUGCCGCUCAUCCAACCACCAACCCGUUUGGACCCUCAGCUCAUCAUGGCAGCUUCCUGCCCACUGGUCAUCUGACAGACCCCUUCAGCAGAUCCAGCACCUUUGGAGGCCUGGGGAGCCUGGGCAGCCACGCUUUUGGAGGUCUGGGCAGCCACGCACUGACACCAGGGAGCAGCAUCUUUGCCCCCAAGGAGGGCACAGCUUUGCUUGGCCUGCCCAGCCCCCAUGACGCCUGGAACCGGCUGCACCGGGCACCACCUUCCUUUCCUACCCCGCCCCCAUGGCCCAAGCCAAUGGAUACAGAGCGCUUCUCAGCCCUGACCAACCACGACCGAGAGCCUGACAAGGGCCAGGAAGAGCAUGAGCGGGACCUCCUGGAGAAGACACGCCUGCUGAGCCAUGGCUCGCCUGCAGCACCAGUGGGCCACCCCAUCAGCAGCCUCCUGCAGCGGGGCCCUGGUGAGCUGGGCCGCCCUGGGAUCCUCACAGACCGCGAGGCUGAGCCUCGGGUCAAGGAGAGCCACUCACCUGACAAAGAGGAUGGCGCCAAACUGGCUGCACGACCUCCAUCGCCCUACUGCAAGGCAGCCCUGGGUGACUGCCUGCGCCUGGCAGGCCUGCUGGGUCGGGAGUCCGGGAAGCAGACGCCUGAGCGGCCCCAGGGCGACGUGAAGGUAAAGGAGGAGCGCAGGGAAGACGAAACACCAGAGCUCACGGGCGUCAGCGUGCACUCCACAGCCACACACCUGGGCCUGGGCACGCCGGGCUUCGUGUGGGACCCGCCGCGCGACACCUACCGGGGCCUAGAACUGCCGCGCCGCACCUUUCCCGCCCCGCCGUCCGCUGUGGGCUCCGCUCCCUUUGAGCUCUCUGAGCGCGCCUACCGCGACCGCGAGCCUCACGACUACAGCCCUGACCGCCUGCGGGACGUGCGCCGGGAGGAGCUGGAGCGCGCACGCGCGCCCGACCCAGACGCCUCGCUCCUGCCUGCGAUGCACUACCCGCGCCUGACUCCUGGCGCGCUGCACGGCGCACUCCUGGCCCGGACCCCGCCGGCUGCCGCCGCACUCGGUGCGCCUCCUCCCCUGGUGGCUGCAGGCGGGGUGUCCACGCCACCCGCGCGCCCCAGGACGACGCCGCUGGCGCUCGGGCCUGGCGAGGCGCGCGACUACUCUCCUGCGGCGUGCAACCCGCCCGAAGUGGAGGCGCGGUAGUUCCAGCGGAGUGGACUGGCUCACUUAAAUUUCUGGGACCUGAGCACAGUUCCCCGAGUCCAGGAGCAGCGCAGCUCGCUCCACGCUGUGGCUUGCUUGUGUAGUCGAGGACCUUACGCUUUUCUGGGGGUGACUUCAUUUUCCGAGCUUGCGAUUAGGUCACUGGGAAAAAUUUAGCUUUGUACCUCCCCACCUCUCCCCAGGUGACAAGCAUUUUUAAUGGUUUUGUAUUUUUCUUAAUUUUGUGCUCUAACGACAUUUUAAAGAACCAAAAAAAGAAUUUUUAGUUGGGAUUUACAGUUUCACUUCUCAGAUCCCAUUUGAGCCCCAGAGUUUGUCUUAUUUAUGGAAAGAAACGGUCUUUCUGUCCAGCGCACUGUGAGGCUUCGCACUCAGGCCCGGCUCUGGCCUUCCCUUGGUACUUGGAACCGAAGUUACAGAUAUAUAUUAAAAUAAUAAUUAAUAAUAAUGUACAAAACUUUGGGUUUUCUGCCUUAUUCUAUUAUGCAUAGGUGUAAGAAGAUUUCUUUGGUUUGUUUUUUAGAAAAAAAUGUAAAUAUUCUGUUGAUAUAAUUAUAAAACUUAUUAAAUUCUUAACCUGGACAGUCUAUAACAAGUUUCUAGAAACCCUUCUGGUUAUUUGUGUACGUAGUCACAAAAACCCACUCGGGCUGUCAGUUGUGAACUCUGUCAGCAGAGUAACUGCCGCACCGACUACCCUUCAACUAUGCAAGCCACGGAGGCAAGACAGGAUGUGUAGGGGGAGACAGCGUCUGAGCUUCCUGUAGGGUAGUUGGACCUCCCAGAGAGCCACACUUCUGGGCAUCUGCUUAGACUGAAGCAGACUUCAGGAAUUUCUCUAGUUACGAGGACAAACCUGUGCCCAUGUGCUAACCUUAGUGCAGUGUUCUCUGGAUCUGUGUAAGCCAGACAGAAUCUUAGAAGUUGGUUCCGGGAAAAAGAUUAGU